AGGGAGCAGAGCAGAUGGCUCAACUAUCGCCGGUUCCCGUUUUCGAUUAUCAAAUAGUCUUUUAUAGUGUACGAUACGGAAAACAUGUGAGUUUUUAAUAUAUUUAUGCAGUUUUCACAAAUAUAAGUUUACGCCAACGCCGCUAGAACGCAAGGAUCAUUUGGUAUGUCCUGUCCAAUUUGUGUCUGCGAAGCGUACGACAUUAACAUCAUUUUUAACUCGAGUAAUUAAAUAAUCUCAAAGCGAGUUUGUUGGUUAGUCGUAACAGCGUUAAGAAAGUAACAGGUUUUUCGAAAUGGAGAUGAUUUUUUGUCGAGGCAUAAGAUUCUCGUCCAGCUUAGGGUUCAGUCCCUUGUUAGCGACUAAAAAUCUCUUCGGAGAAAUUUCUACGAGGCGUUGGAGAUUUAAACUUGAAAGAUACCCGUACCGUAGAAAUCUGUCGUGCAAUUAUGUUCCUUUCCUCAAUCACGUUAAAGCACAUGAAAUGCCACUCAAGCAUAAGUUUAAUAGGAAUGCCUUGGUGGCGCGUUAUUGUAAUUCAAAUGCUAGCAAAGAGUACACUCCAAAAACAGAGAUGAAAAAGCAGUCACUAUUCGCGAAAAUGAAACAGAUGACCAAGGAUUAUUGGCAUAUUUUAGUACCAGUCCACAUAAUUACCUCUUUAGGUUGGGUAGCUAUAUUUUAUACAACAAUUAAAGUUGGUGUCGAUAUUGUAAAGCUUAUGGAGAUCGUGCAUUUCAAUCAGAAGUAUAUAGAUAUGGUGAAAAGGUCUGAUGCUGGAACCUGGGCCUUAACAUACCUUCUUUAUAAAAUAUUUACACCUCUUAGAUAUACAGUCACUCUAGGUGGUACAACAAUGGCCAUCAGGCGGCUUAGCAAAUCGGGAUUAGUAAAACCUUUGUCGUUUCGUAAACAGUCGCAAGAGAUAUACAAGUCUGCAUAUGAUACUGUGUACAACAGAAUCAAAUAAAACAGCACCAGCAAAAGCAGAAUACAAAGUAGAACGACAGACGGAACCACCGAAAACGUAGCACUAAAUUGAUACUAGCGAGGCUGACUGAUUUUCAUCUGGAUAAAGGAUAGUUUGAUUGUGAGUCGAAAUACGUUGAACGAACGAAUGUAUAUUAUCUCUUGUAAAUGUGUAAACGAUAUUGUGUUACGAUAAAGAACAAAUCUUGUAUGUAAUACUACA